UUCUCUUGGAAACUUAAGCUACCUAACCUAUCUAUAUCUUUCUGAGAAUCGACUUUCUGGUUUCAUCCCUCAAGAAUUUGGAAUUAACAAUCUUACUAAACUGAAGAUUUUUGAUUUAUUUGAAAAUCAAUUAUCCGGUCAAUUACCAGACAAUGUAUGCCUUGGUGGAUUGCUUGAGAGAUUCAUUGUUGGAGGGAAUCAUUUUAUUGGUUCAAUACCUAAAUCCUUGAGAAACUGCACUAGCCUCAUCAGAGUCCGACUUGAAGGAAAUCAACUUAUUGGAAAUAUAGGGGAAAGUUUUGGGGUAUACCCACGCUUAACAUACAUGGAUUUGAGUAAUAAUAAACUUUAUGGUGAACUUUCAACUAAUUGGGGGAAAUGUCAAAACUUGACAAGCUUGAAAAUCUCUAACAAUAACAUUUCAGGUGGAUUACCUCCUGAGCUUGGAGAAGCAUUUCAAUUACAUGUGCUCAACCUUUCCUCAAAUAAGAUACAUGGGAAAAUCCCAAAGGAAUUAGGUAAGCUGAUGUUUUUGUUUGAGCUUUUUCUAGACAAUAACAAGUUUUCUGGACAAGUUCCUUACAAUUUUGGGAUGCUAUCAAAUCUAGAGCAACUUAAUCUUGCCAAAAAUGGUCUAAGUGGCCUUAUUCCUGACCUAGGGAAUUGUAAAAAACUUUUUGUCUUGAACUUGAGUAACAAUCAUUUAAGCAAAUAUAUCCCACUUCAAAUUGGCAAUUUGCAGUAUCUCCAAAAUCUUGACCUUAGCAAAAAUUUUCUAACGGGAGGGAUGCCACAACAACUUGGAGAUUUGAAAAUGUUAGAAAUCUUGAAUCUUUCCCACAAUGCACUCUCUGGCAAUAUUCCAUCCAGUUUUGAUCAAUUAUUAGGCUUGACAUCCAUUGACUUGUCCUACAAUCAAUUGGAGGGUCCUAUUCCAAAUACUAAAGUAUUUCAGAAGGCACCAGAAGAAGCAUUUAGAAAUAACAAGGGCUUGUGUGGCAAUGCUAUCGGUUUGAACGUUUGCCCCUCAACAUAUAGCCACAAUCUUCAUGUCAAAAAGGGGAAUAAAGUUAUGAAAUUGAUUUUGGCCCUUUUAGGGAUUGUUUUUCUUAUGUUUAUCAUUGUCAAAAUUACAUUAGAUGUUUGCUUUAGAAAGAUGAAUAUAAAAAAUAAGACAAAAGAAGAAGAACAUCAAAAGACAUUUUCAGUGUGGAGCUAUGAUGGGAAAAUGGUUUAUGAAAACAUUGUUGAGGCAACAGGGGAUUUUGAUCACAAACAUUGUAUUGGUGUUGGGGGGUAUGGAAUUGUUUACAAAGCUAAGUUGCCAACAGGUGAAGUUGUUGCUGUAAAGAAACUUCAUCCACUCUCAGAAGACGGUGUGGCCAAUGUAAACGCUUUCACCAAUGAAAUACAUAGUCUAACUGAAAUACGACACCGCAACAUUGUAAAGCUUCAUGGUUUUUGCUCACAUCCACGACACUUGCUUUUAGUUUAUGAGUUCUUGGAAGGAGGGAGCUUGAAAAAGAUACUAAACAAUGAUGAAUUAGCACCAGGCUUUGAUUGGGCUAAGAGGGUAAAUGUUGUUAAAGGUGUUGCAAGUGCUCUGUCUUAUAUGCAUAAUGACUGCUUAAAUCCAAUAAUUCAUCGUGACAUAUCAAGCAAGAAUAUUCUGCUAGAUUCAGAAUAUGAAGCUCAUGUCUCUGACUUUGGCACAGCUAGGAUUAUGAGUUCUGACACAUCUUAUUGGACUUCAUUUGCUGGCACUUUUGGGUAUGCUGCUCCUGAACAUGCUUACACAAUGGAAGUAAGUGAAAAGUGCGACGUUUAUAGCUUUGGAGUAGUCACAUUCGAAGUAAUUAUGGGAAGGCAUCCGGGUGAUUUGAUCUCAUCAUUUCUAUCAACCUCAUUUGCAUCAUCGUCCUAUGAUGUGCUAUUAGAAGAUGUGUUGGAUCAACGGCUUGCGCUGCCUAUUGGGCAAGUUGCAGAGAAGGUGGUUUUAGUGGCAAAGAUAGCAUUGGCAUGCUUGCACACCAAUCCACAUUCUCGUCCGACCAUGCAACAAGUUUAUCAAAAGCUAUCAACUUGGAAAUCCCCAUUCACAAAGCCUUUGGGCAUGAUCACACUAAGAGAGCUCAUUGGUCUCAAAAAUCUGAUGUAA